CACACAGAAUUGUUCUAAUUAUUUGCUGGUUAGGUGCACCCCGCUGUUUAAAAGUGGUAAGGGUUUAUACUGUGUGUGGGCGAGGUGUUAGAUAGUGAUGAUUUACAAGAUUAGACUUGAAUCUAUACCAGUUCCCAUUGAUCUGUAUGUCAGAAGAAGGGAUCUUAUCAGUCUUUGUACUGUGUGAAGUUCAAAUAAUCACAGGAAAAUUGUCUUCAAAGCACACUUGUGACUAAAUGGAUCAGAACCCUGCAGCUGUUGUUCUCCCCAUAGUACUGUGUCUAUGUUCAGCAGGGACCCAGCCUCUACCAGAUGAACAUGUGUACAUCAGGAAAGGGGAUACUGUUCACUUGCAUUGUAAAAAAAGACAUUCAGUGAUUAGAGAAUCAGUGCGAUGGUAUUUCACUGCGUCAGCUGGCAAUCGUUCUAAAUUAUAUGCUCUUGAAAAUGAUAAAGCCCAAUUCGGCCCAGCAAUGGAGCACGACAGAAUAAAGAUGUUCCUCAACUCCUCUCUCUCCAUACAAGAUGUCAGAGCAGAAGAUGCUGGAGUGUAUGAGUGCUGUUUCUGUUCGAAUAAAAGCAAACAGUGCAGCACAGUGAAAAAUGUCUCAUUGUUUGUUUUGCAGAUUGUCAGCGAGCCCCCCAGUGGUGACACUGUGGUGUUGCAUUCCAAUCUGUCUUUGCAAUGUUUUGUUGCAUGCAACAGAUUGAAUGCUGUAUGCAAUCAAAGCCUUGCUAGAUUGGUGUUCACCUGGAGAAACCACAUUGGGAGUCAGAUUGAGACAAGCAGGGAGCGGCGGUACUCUGUUGAGUCUGCAGGUGGCACUUCCUACCUGCGCUUUCAGGUGAAGCAAUCGGACCAUGAGAGGAAAUUGAAAUGUGUUUUAUCGGUGGACAGCAAGGAAAGAGCAUUCGCCGAGUAUCAAGUAUUCAUAACAGCUGCAGUGUUGGAGCCCAAUACCACAGAGACAGUGUACGUCGCGGAGGGAGAAUUCGUUCAGCUUCCCUGUGUUGGGAUAUCAAACCGAACGGAAGGCAGGCAUGUGGAAUGGUCAUUUCAAGCGACUGGGGAUCAGAGCCAAACCCAUCUCAAUGUGUCUGCACCAGCGCACCCCACAGUCAACCCCAGAGAGAGAGUGAGUCUGCUGCCCAAUGCUUCCCUUCUCAUCCAGGGAGUGCAGAGGCCCGACACAGGCACUUACCACUGCAGGAGGGACCAGCAAGAGAAAUACCACAUGCUUACUGUGUGUGUUUUAACAGUGAAAGCGAACACGUCUAGUCCUGUUUCUAAAGGCACAGAGGUCACUGUGAGCUGCUCCCUGCUCUGUGAUCACACUCCCCAGGACGCUGUGCUUCAGUGGAUGGACAGUAAUGGGACCCUGCUGGAAUCACACACAACUCUUUCUACUGGUCCCAGUGCAGAGCUGGUGAUUCCCAGUGCCUACAAUACGACCCUGAGGUGCCGAUUACAAGUUAAAGAACAAGAGAGAGCCAGCGUGGAAUACACCAUACAUGUAACAGAAGAGCAGAACAGGAUUGCGAGCAAUCAGACUGUCCUCCUCCCUGUGCUGUUGGGACUAGCUGCUGUUUGUGUAGUGAUCGCUGCCAUCUUAAUCCUGCUUUUUAGAGGCAGAAGAACUAGAGACAAAGAAGAUGGAGUUCUUGGUGUUGAGCUGAAUGCCACACACCAAGCAAGCCAAGUCAAAGAGGAAGAAUGUGAAAUUCACUACGCCGCUCUAGAAAUUAGACAGCCAGCCAGAGAACGGAGGAGAGAAAUGAUCCAAGAGGAAGUUAUUUAUUGUUUAACUGUGAAAAAUUAAUGAAAUCCUGUGUUUGUACUAAAUAAACUUGUAUAAAACUGUAACAAAAUGAAACGGUGUUGUCAGCGCCGUGCUGACUGAUUAUUCUUAUUGGGAUCAAGCUGGCCACAGGUGAGGGUGAAUGACAGCGGUUUGGGUUUGUGUGGAUUGCUGUUCUUCCAAGCAGCUGUUUCU